AGAGGGAGCUACAAACUCACUGACCAAGUGUUCAUCCAGAUUGUUAGAGAUAUAGAUCCUGGUUUUGCUCCAUCCCCACCCCACUCACAACUCAAACCAACCCGCCUGUAUCCAGCAGCAUUUCCCAACCUCUUCUGCUUCACCCCAGCACGUUGCAUAAACACUACAGACGAGAGGGCGUUAAUGUUGGUCAUCUGCAAACCACUACGGACAGGGGAAAAUUUUAAACCACAUUGCUUGUUGUGAUCCAAAUAUUCUUGUCUGUGAGCCUUCAAGUCACUUCAUGGCUGCAGAUGGGCUCGGGAUGCUCUGCUCGAGCAUCUCUGCCGCAUCGCAAGAGGGAGGAGCUGCCCUCGGGCAGAGGAACUGCUGAGCUUUGCCUUGGAAAACACACAAGCUCCUUCAGCAUUUUGGGUUUUUCUACAAUAAGUUGCUCAUGAAGAAAUUUUAGAUCCUCUUGGGGAAGAAAAUUUAAAAGAAAAAUAAUCCCAAACAAAUCAUUUCCAAGAGGAAGUCCAGCGUCCAGACGAACCCAGCCCUAACGAUGCUUCGCUUCCUGCUGCCGGCGAUACAAGGAGGUCUGUAGCAGCGAUGAGAUCGGGAUUUGAAAGAAAACAAAAGGUAAAAAAUCAGACCCAGGAUGUUUUCCGUCUCUGGAACGAUGCCGAGGUUCACGCCUGACACAUCCAUGUGUUUUCCGUCUCUAUGGCACAAAAAAAAAGGUUUUAAUCUGAACUGCCCUCUUGGGUUUUCAGUCCAGAUUUGUCAUUAAUUUAAAAUGGGCAGUGGCUGGUGUUGUCCUGUGAAUUUAAAGCAAAGAUAGUCAUAGAUUGCUUUUCCAAGUGGAGCCCGAGGAAUAACAGGAAGGAAAAUGUCAGCGGAAAUUUGAAGUACGACUCAGGGAUCCAAGACCAAUUUCUGCCUCGUGAACUCUCACUAAAGCAGCGCGUGAGCUCAGCACAGUUAUUACUGGGAUUUAUUCUUCAGUAUCCCUGCAAGCUGGCUCUGCUGAAGAUGAGCGCCCUGUUUCUCCUGCUCCUGGUGUCCACUGCGAACGUCGGUGCGGUGCUGGAGGAGGGUCAGCCGAGACGGGAACCGCGUCGCCUCUCAUGCGUGCGAUGCUGUGGACCUUCAGAGCAGCCCGUCUCCAUCGUCUCCUCACGAUACACAAGGAUGAGCAGCGACCCUGCCUAUUCGGUACCCAAAGUCCAGCCCACUAUAGAUAUCACCAUCCUCAAAGGUGAGAAGGGUGAAAUGGGACAGAAAGGGAACCCUGGAGCAGUUGGUAAGGAAGGAGAAAGAGGCCUACGUGGCUAUAAUGGACGGAAAGGACAGAAAGGCCAGCCUGGCCCACAAGGCCAUUCCUGCAAGCAGCUCUAUGCUGCUUUCUCGGUGGGUCGGAGAAAACCCCUUCACAGCUCAGACUACUUCCAGCACGUCACUUUUGACACUGAGUUCGUGAACCUCUACAAGCACUUCAACAUGUUCUCGGGGAAGUUCUUCUGCUAUGUGGCAGGAAUCUACUACUUCAGCCUCAAUGUCCACACCUGGAACUUCAAGGAAACCUACCUGCACUUGAUGAAGAACGAGAAAGAGGUGGCCAUCCUCUACGCCCAGCCCAGCGAUCGGAGCAUCAUGCAGAGCCAGAGCCUGAUGCUGGACCUGCAGGAAGGGGAGGAGGUCUGGGUGAGGAUGUUCAAGCGGGAGCGAGAAAACGCCAUCUAUAGUGAGGAGUCUGAUGUUUACAUCAUCUUCAAUGGCCAUUUGAUCAAGCCAGCCAUAGAGUAGCCAUUCACCAGCUUUGGGCUCAAAGCUUUGGUAGAUACAUUAGAAAUGCUUAUGUCUGGUUCCACUGGCUUCCAGGCUUGCUGACAGGGUUGUCUGUCCAUGCCAAGGACACCUGUGUGAACAGAAAUGACUGUUUCAAGGUGAUGCAAACUACACAAGUACUGAGAAGGUUUCAGCCCUUAUGGGCCCUGGAGAAGACAUGCAGAAGACCUCAGUUCUGCAGCCCCACUUACAUCCCUGAAGAAUUUCCCCUUCCCAAGUUGGUAGCAAAAAAUUGAACCUCUUUGCUCUGCUUUGGAGAAGGUAUCUUAAUUAUAUCUAAGGGUCAUCUUCAGAUACCAUUUAUGGGUGCUAGUUUUGUAACGUCAUUGCUCCUACAACCAUACUGGGGGAUCUCUGCAGUGUGCUAAUUGCUAAUAAGAGCCCACACUCGUCAGCACCUUCAACAGGUCUGCUCCACUCAGGUGGGCAAGAAUGCACCAGCAUUAAGAACGAUAUUUUGCACAGUACUUUUACCCUAAAUUACAUUUUUGGUCAAUUUCAUGUAAUAUUACAUUCUGAAAGCAUAAUGCUAGAAUUAGAUAAAUAACAACAUAUCAAUCUGGCAAAGCUUUUUCAGAGGCACAUAGUUUUAAGUACAGCUGCAACCAUGUGCUGUAACUUUGCUGGACUUCUGUACUGCUGGCAGUACUUCUCUCACAAGAACAUCCAGCUUGGCUGGGAACGUGUGUAUUUCCCAUUUUAAGGAAAAUGGUGGACCCUGCCUUAGGAUCCCUCAUUUUUGUGAAGUUGAGAAGAAACGAGAAAGAAAAAAGGUGCUUCACUGCAAAGAAAAAAGGUGCUUUAUUAUAAGCAGUGAUAUUUUAAGAGAUUCAGUUUCUUUUUUCCUAAAAAAUUAUUGGCAUAACAGCGGAAAGGUACAUGCAGCAGCUAGAAACAUCGUUUUCUCCAGUUCCUCCUUGCCCAUUCCCCCCCAGUCUCCUGUUUGCAUCCGAAGCCAUUUGUAUGAAGGAUACCCGAAAAGUUCUUGCUAGGCAAACUGCUUCUCUGCUGUAUCUCCUACCCACAGCUGUUUGGAAAAGUAGCUGAAAUAAAGAUAUUGCUUUGAGUA